AUGUCGAACAACGAAGCAGGUCCAAGUUCGCCCAAUCGACAUUCUGUCGACCUGCUAGCCGCACCGCAGGCGCAGGACGACUUGAUCGAUGCGGGUGCGGAUACGCAAGCGGAUGCGAGGCCAGUGUUCAAGAAGCGAGGCGGCGGCAAGAGGAAUGUGGGUGUCAGAAUGCGUGGGAUGCAAGAUGAAGAGAGAGGAGCAGACGGGAAUCAAAUGAUGGGUGACGAUGCGCAACGAUCUGAACUUGAGCAGAGCGCAAAGGAAGCCGAGUGAGUGAGGCUCGAGGUUGUAGCAUGAGAAAGCUGGGUACGCAUACAAGCCUCAUGCGCUCCGCCCCGCCCUUUUUCCCCACCAAAGUCUGUCGAUUCAAGAUCUGUUGGCUUUGCGCGCGCUUGGAAAGAAACCUGCAGGCAUUGCUCUGGACAAGCUAAAUGUGGGCGAAAAGAAGAAAAAGAAGAAAGCAGAGGGAGGAGCUAAGAAGGCGGAGACAGAGGAAGAUAGAUGGGCGGAGCAGAUGCGUAGGGGCGGAUUGGUCGCCAAGGAUAUGAAGAGUAGCGGAGGAGGUGGCGGUGCAGAAAGGUGCGUGAAUGGAACUCGUGCUCUUGCAGGCUUGAUCGAUUCGGGUGCGCUGGACUGACGCUGAACUGCUGAACACGAAACGUUGCAUAGCGAUGACGAGGAUGCCCAAGGAAAUCGAAAGCUGGUAAGAUCCAACAAGUUCUCGGGAGAGACUGGAACAGUGGAUGUGGACGCGCACAUGUUGGCCUACAUUGAGAAGGAGAUGGCCGCUCGAAAAGCAGCCGCCGCGGCGACAUCUGCAUCCGAAGCUAGUGAUGGUGCUUCUUCGCAGCUACCGACGGAUCCUCGAGAUGUGGUGCGAGCUUUGAACAACCCGGAAGAUGAAUUGUACAGGAUUGCAGAAAAGUAUAGAUCGCUGCAGGAUCAGGUGUCGAAAGUGCCGGACAAGGAGGAGUCGGAACAGGGACUCAGUGCGGCUUUGCUCAGUAGCGUGCCAGAGGUGGAUCUGGGUAUGGAGUGAGUCUCGAAGUUGCUUAGAGGACGUUGAUCGUGCUUUGCCGAUGAGCAGUGCAAUGCUCACCCCUUCUGAUCACGCUCAGUAAUCGACUCAAGAAUAUCGCGGAUACGGAACAAGCUAAGCGGGCGAUGAAUGAGGCGAGAGCCAAUCGAGGCGCUCGAAGAGAAGAAGACGAGCUGCUUGCUGCAUCACGUUGUAAGUUUCCGUCGAAGCUCGGCCACGAUCCUAAAUCCGUGUCUUUUGCUCCAUCGAGGCAUAUCCUAACAUUCAGCAUGUUGCUCAUGCACGAAUGCGACCCCCCCGCCUCAGUCUUUAGACCUAAACAGCAUGCCCAGUCGGAUGCGGACGCUAUGCGAGCUGCAAAGCAAGAUGCGGAAGUACGUAGAGGAGGAGCUGCAAUCUUUCCAGAGGGACACAUCAGCGCGCCUGGCGCUUCCGCUCCCGAACGAAGAGGAGAUGGCCAGAAGAGGAGAGAAUUGGCUAGCGAUCAGCUCGUCAUGGAACGUUUCAAGGUGAAUGCUCUUUUUCUUUUCUUUGCUUUUCUGGGGGCGGGGGUUGUUUCUUCUUGGCCUUUUGCUUUCUGCUUUUGUGCGAGCGUUUCUUCUGGGCUUUUAGACUGAACAGUCGCGCCUUGACCUUCUUUUUUGCCUCUCUUUCGAUCAGAAACGACAAAGAAAUCAGCUCAAACGAUGA